CCUACAAAGAAAGAAAAGGGUCCAGUACUCUACUUGUGUCUGAGAGUGUCAGUGAAGUCAUCCAACACGAGUAUCAUGACCUAUUCUACAUCAAUAUAUAUUCAUUAUCUCUAAUCUCAAAUCCCUAUCUUAUUAUGACUAUCAUUAUUCAUCAAGUAGUGUGUGCUAUAUAUCUCCAUAUAAUAUUAUGUGGAAGGAACAACCAUAAAAACAAACCCCAAUACACCAACAUCUCCCUCUCUUUCUCUUUCUCUUUCUCUCAACUCACAAAAACAGAGAAAGAGAUAUAUUUAUAUAUAUAUAGCUAGAGAUGUAUAAUAAAGCAAGGCCUAAUAGUAAUACUUCUACACUAAUAUACUUAGUGUUGCCCAUAAUACCUUUGCUUGGUAUUUUUGUUCUGUUUUUCACCACAACCAACACCAACAAUUCAUUAUUAACAUCUUCUCCUUCUUCAUCUUCAUCUUCAUAUAUUCUUACUGAUAAUAAUGAUUCUAUUAUAUAUGAUGAGAAUGAUCAUCAUAAUCCAUGGCAACCUCAACUACUCAUAUCAUCAUCAUCAUCAUCAGCAGCAGCACAAGCUCCACUACAACAAGUAGUACUCACCACCACCAUAUCUCUUCCUCCUGCUUCUGCUUCUGCACCAGCUCCACAAUUAAUGGGGAACCAUGACCAGAGGAUUAGUAAUAGAAGAAGAAGAAGAAGAAGAAAAAGUAACCUAUUUUUGGAGAAAAUAGAAGCAAGGUUGGUCAAAGCCAGAGAUAUAAUCAUGAACAAGAACAGUAACACUAGUAUUAAAGAUUGGGACUUUAAUCCUCGACUAGGCUCAAUCUACAGGAAUCCAAGAGGGUUUCACAGGAGCUACCUAGAGAUGGAAAAGGUGUUGAAGAUUUAUGUGUAUGAAGAAGGAGAAGGUCCAAUUUUCCAUGAAGGACCAUGCAAGAACAUAUACUCAAGUGAAGGAAGGUUUAUUAAUGAGAUAGAAAAAGAGAAAACAGUGUUUAGAACCAGAGACCCAAACAGAGCUUUACUUUAUUUCUUGCCUUUUAGUGUGGUUAGAAUGGUUCAGUACCUUUACAAAGAUGGUACUAAUGACCUUUCUUCUAUUAAAACUACUGUCGUUGACUAUGUUGACCUUAUUUCUAGGAAAUAUCCUUUCUGGAAUCGAACUCUUGGGGCUGAUCACUUCAUGCUCUCUUGCCAUGAUUGGGGACCAAAAACAUCAUCUUUCGUGCCAAGUUUGUUCCACAACUCCAUUCGGGUGUUAUGCAAUGCCAACACUUCGGAAGGUUUCAAGCCAUCCAAAGAUGCAUCCCUCCCGGAAAUCAACCUCUUCACCGGCGAAAUGACAAGCCUCGGCGGGCCCUCUCCUUCAAAGAGGACUACCCUAGCAUUCUUCGCAGGUCGUCUCCACGGCCACAUAAGAUCGUUACUUUUAAAAAGAUGGAAGAACAAUGACACAGACAUCCAAGUGUACGAGACUCUCCCACGUGGAGUCUCGUACAUUGAGAUGUUGAGGAACAGCAAGUUUUGCUUGUGCCCGAGCGGGUACGAGGUGGCGAGCCCGAGAGUUGUAGAAGCAAUCUAUGCUGAAUGUGUGCCCGUGUUGAUUUCGGAUGGGUACAUCCCACCUUUCAGUGAUGUAUUGAAUUGGAAAGCUUUUAGUGUGGAGAUCAAGGUGAAGGACAUACCUCGAAUUAAGGAGAUCUUGAUGGGAAUUUCGAGUAGCCAUUACGUGAGGAUGCAACGGCGUGUUAAAAUGGCACAAAGACACUUUGUAGUGAAUGAUCCUCCUAAGAGAUAUGAUGUGUUUCAUAUGACUCUUCACUCUCUUUGGCUACGCAGGUUGAAUAUUCGUGUGGCUGACUAUUACUCCUAACAACAUCUCCAAUCGUUGCAUCCCAAAGAGUGUGAAAAUGGUCCUUGUUAUAUUCAGAAUUUACAUCAUACAUAAUUCAUUUCUUUAUUCAAAUUCAAACAACAAAGCAUUUGCUUUGCUAUGAUUUAUUCAGAAUAAAUACUAACAAAUAAGAAUUUGUAAGUGUUACCAAUUUUGACUCAUGGAAGAGAAGAUGUUUAAUUUAA